AUGAUUCCGGCUUCGACCCAUCUCUCAAGCUUGAUUAACGCCGUUCUGGGUUCUCUAAAAGAGUGUCACAAUCUUGCUUCACGAUGCUUGAAGAGGAAAUUCGACCGCCAUGUGAGGAAUCUCUCUCUGAUUUACUCCGAUGGGAUUCUCAAUCAUGGGUUUGCUUGUAGAGACAACAUGAGGUUUUACAUUAGGGAUUUGUUCACUAGGAUGAAGAUUGGGGAUUUGGAGAUGAAGAAGUAA